CGAACACUAAAUGUUUCUUAAAAGAUUAAUUUUCUGCGUGCCCGAGUUUAAGGUUCCUGUUUGGCAUAUUGAGCCAUUGGUAAACGAUUAUUAAACUUCAUAAUAACAACCUGGUCAUUUACAAGUACGUCAAUCGAUGUCUUGGCAUUGUUUUAACCAACAAGUUGCAGGGAACCGUUUGGUAAAGUCGAGACAUCGAAUAAUUCGUUUGUUCAUGGUUUGCAGCCACUGACCGCGUCGCAGAAUUUCAAGUUCCAUGAAAGAAACAUAAAAAUUUAGCAUGGAGUCUAAGACGGCCUGCUCUUCGGAAGGAGAUAUUUAGUGAACUAUACAUGGCGAGGCGUGUUCACUUCAACAACGAAUUACACAAAAAGCAUCGUAUUGUAUUAAACGUAAGCGGACAACGGUAUACGACAGAAAGGAAGUGUUUACAAAGACAUCCACAUACUCUUCUCGGAAGCGAGAUGUUAACCAGGUUUUUUGAUCCUAUUAAGAAGGAAUAUUUCUUCGAUAGAGACCCAUAUUUGUUUCGAUACAUAUUGAAUUUUUACCAAUGCGGGAAGCUUCACUCAUCGCCCGACGAUUGUCCCGUUGCUUUUAAGGACGAGCUCGACUUUUUCGGGAUUCCUAUUUGUGAACUCGAGGACUGUUGCUGGUACACAACAAACACUGAUGAGAAAGAAAAACACCCGUGUCACUACGCCGUGAGGAAAGCUAGCAUGAAGGCGGUACAUUCUGGUAAUUACCUCGAUUGGAAUAAACGAGAAAAUAAACAAGGGAUUAUUAAAAGAAAGAAGAUUCCCGCGACGAGGUCAAAAAACUUUACACAACCUAGUAGAAGCCCAAAUCAUGUACCAUUGACAGAGAAACGAUGCGGCAACACACGACAAAAGUCGGAUAAGAGAGCUGAAUUUAUACGGGCGAAACACUCUGAAGAGUGUGAAAACUCAACAGAAAAGUGCUCGAGUACACGCAAGUGUGAAAUAAAUUGCAGAUGCCAACCGCAUAAAUCCAAAAUAGCACAACGAUUAUUUUAUUUUUUGUAUGGGUUGUUCAUAGUUCUAAGCGUGGCUACCACAACGGUGGAGACAAUUGACUGCGAGGAUGGCGUGAAAUGUUUAGUGCUCUAUCCCGACUUGUUCUUCGCCUUUGACGCCACCUUUGUGGCUGUAUUCACCGUAGAAUUCCUCAUACGAUUCGCUUGGUCAAAGAAACGCUGUGCAUUCAUGAAAGAUUUCUUCAAUGUGAUAGAUUUACUUGCAAUAUUGCCCUACUAUAUAUCGCUCAUUGCGACGCAGUUCGUAACCACCGACAGCGUUACGCUUUUAAUAACUCUACGUGUUCUACGUGUCGCGCGGAUAAUGAAAUUAACCAGAGGCUCUACGAGAUUGAAGUCUUUGCUCUAUACCCUAAGAAACUGCUCAACAGAUCUGCUGUUUUUGUACUUCACGUUCACCCUAGGGAUAUUGCUGUUUGGGAGUGUGUUGUACUUUGUGGAAAGUGGGGAAGAUUUCCGGAGUAUUCCUCAUUCCCUCUGGUACACUUGCGUGACGAUGAUGACUACCGGGUAUGGUGACGUUGUACCUGUAUCAGUAUUAGGGAAGGUAAUUGGUGGAAUGUGCUGUGUAUGUGGUGUGGUAAUAAUGUCACUCCCAAUUCCUAUUAUGCAAGACAAAAAGGUUAUAGUGCAGAAUUGAGAGGAAAGCGCCGAUAUUUUCAGAUUUAUACCAUUUAUUAAAUUAAAAUAACUAAGAAUAUCAGCUUAUGACCGCAUUGACUACCGGACUCAGAGCAAAAAUGAGUUGGGCUUGCUGAUCAAUCACGCACAAGCGAGCGGAGCUGAAGAGCAUCGUCGUCCAUAGGUUGUCUUUGCUAAAGUAAAUAUCGAAAAAUUUUUCUUUGAUGAAUGAAAUCUCCAAGGAAAAGUUGUAAGCGUCACACAUGGAUAUGGAAUUAAACUUGAAGCGUCAUGCAGUCUUGCAAAAUCAGAUCCUGAAAUACUUACAGUUCUCUCAAAAAGACGUGACCUGUAUGCGUGCUGUUUUGGUGGUCUAGAGGCUGCUACUGCAUUUAACCCUUCACAUCCUAACAUCAAUAUGCAUAUUCUUCACACUGUUCCUUAUACAUUUCCUAAGGUGCUGACAAGGAGAAUUUGCUAGCCAAUCAUAAGGUUCCUUCCCUGGUGAUCAUUUCCUUUAUUCUCAUUAUCUCAAUGUGUGAUUCAGGAGGAUAUUGUAGGGAGAAUUUGGAUGCUGGUCACUCCUGGGGAAGAAAGGGUUAAAGAAGGGUGUACAAAUACCCUGUCUAGACCAGAGGCAUUUAAAAGGAAAGGGAUAUUGUAAAUUAGUUAUUUGAAAGUGUCCAUCAAUUGAUCCAAGAAGUUAAUGAAUAAAAA